UCCUCCCGGAUAAAAGAACAUAUGAUUUAUCGAACGGAAAAUUGUUUCUUGUUUUGUGAUAUUUCGUUUCAAUUGUUGGUAAAGGUGAAUCAUUUGGUGAAUCUUUCUCAUCCAUAUUUUGAAAUAUUUGGUAUACUUUGAAGAUUUUUUAAAGAUUCUCGUCAUAAUGACUACAAACUUUGGUUUCAGUGAUUCUGAUGUUUCGACACCGGAAUCGGACACUUGGGAUGACACAUUUUCUAAACUUAUAAGUACUAGUUUGGAUAUUUUAGCCGAGCAGUCGAAUCAUUCUAAUGAAAGUAGCGUGACCUGUUAUCUCUGUAAAAUGGAUUUUUCAAACCGAGAUGAACUCAGCGUUCAUAUACGAUCUUUCCACGGACAAUCGUCAAGCUCCAGCGAAUUAUACUUCAAGUGUGACGUUUGUAUGAAAAUUUUUGCGAAUUCGUCUGAUUUGGAAAUUCAUGUUCAAAUUCAUUCCAGUAGUUGCACUUACCAUUGCACUGUUUGUCUAGAGACGUUUCAAUCUCAAGAGGCUUUUAACUCGCAUGUGGUAAGCCAGCCAAAUAAGUAUAAAUGUGAAGUGUGCGCAAUUGCAUAUUCAAACGAAUGUGAUUUAAAAGUACAUUUGAAAACAGGGCAUGAAAACUGGGAAAACCAUAAAUGCGAAACUUGCAGUAAGGUAUUUCCAUCCUUGAGUACUCUUAACUCUCACAAGAGAGUUCACAUUCGACCAUACACAUGUGAUGUAUGUCAAAAAUCAUUUUCUCGAUUAAGAGCACUGAAUUUGCAUAAAAAUACUCAUACUAAGAAGAAAAUCAAGUGUAAUGGCUGUGAUGAAAAAUUUGCUACAAGAGAGUUGGCUCAAUUCCAUUAUGAUAGCAAUCCCCUAUGUAAGGACAAGACUUUGAAAUGCGGAGUUUGUGAAUUGGUCCUUGCAACCUGUGAUGAAUAUGAUGGUCAUAUGAAGGCGCAUGUCACCAACGGUGAAAGGUGCUACAAGUGUGACGAAUGCGGAAAACUCUUUCAUAAGAUGAGUCAUCUUCUUUCACAUAAAAAAACACAUUUAGGAGUCCGGCCUUAUAAAUGUUCAGUCUGUAAUAAGGGUUUCUCACGAACCAAUGAUUUGAUGUAUCAUUUGAGAACUCAUACAGGAGAGAAACCAUUUAAAUGUGAAGAGGAUGACUGCGAUGCUUCCUUUAAUAGGGCGAGUGAUCUAAAAUAUCACAAAAACAUGCAUUCUGAAAACAAUCCAAACACUUGUGAGAUUUGUCAAAAAGCCUUUCCUCGUUCUCAGGACUUGCUUGUCCAUAUGCGAAAGCACACAGGGGAGAAACCUUUUAAAUGUGACAUUUGUAAUGCAGGAUUUGGGCGUAGUAGUGACAGAAGAUAUCACAAGCUUACCCAACAUCCAGAUCCCAAUCAAGAACAGCCUUACAAGUGUAAUAGUUGUGAUCUAGCAUUUGCUACACCAAAAUUGCUUUCAGUUCACAAUCGAAUUCAUCGGGACAAAAUCUAUAACUGUGAUGAAUGUGACAAAUCCUUCUUCAUUCCCAGCCGUCUUGCUUCACACAAACGAACUCAUAGUGGAGAAAAAAAUCAUGUUUGUGAUGUAUGUCAGAAGGCAUUUACAAGAGGCCAUGAUUUAGUGAUACACAAGCGUAUGCACACUGGUGAGCGACCCUAUAAAUGUGACAUGUGCGAUAAAGCUUUCACUAAAACGACCCAGUUGAAAUAUCAUAAGCGUUUACACACUGGUGAGAAUUUAUUUGAUUGUGAUCAAUGCGAUAAGAAGUUCAAUCAGCCUCGAUUGUUGCGGGCUCAUAAAUUUGUUCACAGCGGUGAAAAACCUCACAAGUGCGAUACGUGUGAUAGAGCAUUUUCGAGAGCCCAUGAUCUUCUUCAUCAUAAGAGACUUCAUACCGGUGAACGACCCUAUCAGUGCGAUAUAUGUGGCAAAUCGUUUAUAAAAUCCACGAUGCUUAUGUACCACAAGCGAACCCACACGGGAGAAAAUCCACACAAAUGCGAUGAAUGUGAUAAAGAAUUCAUGAUUCCUUCGCAGCUAGCAGCGCAUAAGCGAGUACAUAGUGGAAAAGAAUUUGAAUGCGAUGUUUGUAAGAAAACAUUCUCUACAAAAUGGGAUUUGAAGUAUCAUAAGCCGAUACAUUUGGACGUUAGACCAUUUCCAUGUGAUAUCUGUGACAAAUCGUUUUCAAAGGCAAGUCAGUUAACUUACCACAAACGUAAGCAUAACGGAGAUAAACCCUACAAAUGCGACUCUUGCGAUAAGGCUUUCGUAAAACCUUCGCAACUUUCCGUGCAUAAGCGAGUGCAUACCGGAGAGAAACCUUACAAAUGUAGCGUAUGUGAAAAAGGAUUUUCCAGAUCGAAUGAUUUGAGGUAUCAUGAAAGUACUCAUUCGUCUGACAAGCCGUUCGUUUGUGAAGCGUGCAAAAAAGGUUUUCGAGAUAAAAAGUCUUUAUUGCGACACCAGAAAAGAAUGCAUAAAAACCAGAGUGAAGAAGAGCACGUAUGUGUCACGUGUAAAGAAGUGUUUUCAUCCCCUGGUGAACUUCGCCGUCACAUUCUAGUUCAUAAAAAAGAAAAGCGUUUCAAGUGUGAUAAAUGUGACAAGUCUUUUGCCAGAAAUCAUGACUUAAAAUUACAUAAACGUACACAUGAAGAUAAACCAUUCAAAUGUGGUUUAUGUGGUUUAGAUUAUGUAUUAGCAAAUGAUCUUAUUAAGCACGUAGAAACACAUCAUACUGCCGAAAAAUUUCACUGCAAAUCUUGCAACGAAGAUUUCGGUUCUUCAGAGCUUCUUGAAAAACAUACUUGUAAAAGUGGCGAGGAUGACGGAGCAUGUGCUGCUGAUACAGCAGAAAUUCAAUUUGUUUGUUCCCUAUGUGGCACUAGUUUUGACUCGGAGAAGAAACUAGACCAACAUAUAAAGCAGUCACAUCCGUAAAUUUUAUAAUGUUAUGUAUAUAGUUGAAACUGUUAUUUUUGUUUUCAGUGUGACCUUGGUAAUUAUAUAAUGUAGGUUCUUUGCAUGAUAUUUUAAUCAUAUGUUACUCUACCCACUUUCCUGAUUAUCUUGUAGAACCGUGCAAGUGUGUGAUCAUUGUUGUACAUGAACGCGUAAUCCUCAAAAAAUAGAUCACCAAAAAAAUUGUCGUUCAAUAAUCUCAUAAUACUUGACGCCUUCGGAUCUCAGUCAAUUAUCAUAUGACAAUUCUCUGAAAUUCAGACGAAAUGAGCAUCAUACUAAAUUUGCCUUUUUGAAUUGAUGAAUUUCGAAAUGAUUCACCACUUGCAUGUGUUUGUAAAAAGAAAACGUCAAUAGUAAACACAUAAAGUGGUGUGGAAUUGGUGUAUAAAGUGUAAUAAUUUAAUUUGCUUUUGGUACAUUUGGUGUUGCGUGAUUUCUUAAUUCAUUUUGUUAUAAUUAGAUUACCUGACACGUGCGUUAGACUGCAGACUAGUUUUAAUGGUAUUAAAUAAUGCAAAAACACGAUAAUUGAAUAUAUUUAAUCUCAGAAAUCUUUGUGUCGUUACAACAAUGUAAUAAAUGUUUAUGAAACAAUAUGACUAUGCUUUGAGUUGACAAAGGAAA